AUGGGAUCCAGCGCCAAGCGAAAGAAGGAGAAGCAAAAGGACUUCCAGAAACCCAAGCUCAGGGUCGGCAAGGCGAAGGCCAAGCCAGAGAACUUCACAGACACCAGUUUUCGAUCUAAAGCUAUCGUUAUCAACCAACAAUCUCUUCAUGUCGCCGCCCCAACCUCCAGUAGCCAAUUCGCGCACCACCUCUCCCUCCUCUCCUCCAAAUCCGACAGCCAACGGCGCGACUCUCUCGCCCAUCUGACUACCUCAAUUGCCGCGCGCCCAGUAAAUUCCCCCCUCCCACAACCAGUGAGCGUCAUGCUCCCGUCCUUUCUCCCGUUGAUCCUCGACGCAAACAACAGUGUGCGCACAGCCCUCCUCAAGCUUCUGCGUACACUCCCGCGCAACGACGUGGAAGACCACGUCGUGCAAUUGCUACCCUAUGUCCGCGCCGGAAUGACACACCUUGCUGCCGAUAUUCGUGUCUCAGCUGUCGAGAUUCUAUCGUGGAUGAUCGAUGCUGCGGGCGAGGCGGUGGUUGCUUGCGCGGGAGGGUGGAUCAAGACCUUCAACUGCUUCCUGUCGGUGCUAGGCUGGCACACUGAGGAGUCUGCGCGGUGGUCAUCAAACCGGGCUUCGUUUGGCAAGUCCGGGAGCCAGGGGCGGCCUAUGGUAAAGGUGCUUGGCGCACUGGCAGAAUUCCUGAACGCAGGGAUUGGGCAGCCUGGUACCUCGGCCGACGAUGGCUCGGAACAGGAUAACAUGUUCUCGGCGCAGCCUUUCCCGCUGUGUCAGACAAGUCAGCAUAUGAUUUCAGAAUCGUCUGCACCAUAUGCCUAUCUGAACUUAUUUGGACAGCCGCGCGAUGAGGAAGGCGAGAUGUAUGAAACCCGGGAGGACCGGUACCGAGUCUUCGCGGUGCGCUUCUUGCCCGCCAUUGAGCGCGGGCUGAAAAGUGCGAGGGAAGAAGGCGGCGAGCUAGGCCGUGCAUCAUCUAGUGUGAGCAAGGUGCUGAAAGAGGCUUUGUCGUAUGGACCGGGGCCAUGA